CCCACUCUUCCCAUUCUGUUACCUGUUACCUCUCCCCAGCGAUCUGCCAAUUACAUUUUUUUACCAGUCCAAACUCUGCAUCAGGGUUGCAACUCUUCUCACGCGUAGUCCCUUGCUCUGUGGUUUGGGGUCAGUCCAAAACAGGGACAGCAAGAAAGACUGAACUACUGGAAAUGUGGAGAUUUCACUAUCGUCUUUAUGGAAGCUGGAUACAAGAGGAGAUAAUUUGAUUUAUCUACUUUUUUUUUUUUUUUACUUUCCAUGCUGUUUGGAUUACCUAUGAUAUUUUUUCCCAAUAAUAGGACAAAUAUACUUUUUCCUGCUGUAUACUUCUGUAUACUUAAUCCACCUGCAAGUGGAUGGUGCUAUUCAACGACAGGCUCCAACACUGACAUGUAGAAAAGCUGCUCCAGGGAAUGAUGGCUUGGGGUUGUCACAUCACCUGUCCAGCUUUGGACUAGGGUGCCAAGGGAGACAGUCCUAUCCUCAAAAACACACUCACAGUCACGCUAGACACCAUAAACUCUCCACUCCUCUGUGUCUGAGGCAUCAGAAUAGUCGUGUGAGGAAAUGGCAAGUCACAGGGACCCUCGCUUUCUGCACAACCUGUCCUACCACCCACGAUGGCAGCACGACUCAAUAAAAGUGAAGAGAAAAAGACAUAUGUGGACAGCGGCUACGAACAGUUGCAGUGAAUAUAGUCUGUUUAAAUCAUUAGCAGCUUCAUCAUCAUUGUCAUCAAGAUCAUUGUCAUCAAAACCACAGUUGCCAUCAUCCCCAGUGCAACGCUCCAAAAGCUGGUGGGGGAACUGGUUUCUUCUGCCCUUACUCAUGGUCUCAUUUCUGCCCUGUCAAGCCUGGGCGACCACAUUCAAGGUGGCCCUGGUUGGACCCUGGACGUGUGACCUCUUGUAUUCCAAAUCCCUCCCUGACUUGGCAGCCCGACUCGCCACCACCCGCAUUAACAAUGACCCCUAUCUCAACAAAGGCUACUGGUAUGACUACACACUAAUCAAUGAGGACUGCAAGUCCUCCCGUGCCCUUGCUCGCUUUUCUGACCUGAAAGGUUAUGGUGCUGCUUUCCUGGGCCCUGCCAACCCAGGCUAUUGCUCAUCAGCUGCUUUGUAUGCAAAAGAGUGGGAUCUUGGGAUUCUUUCCUGGGGUUGCCUCAACCCCAACAUUAAAAAAGGAGGGAUGUACCCCACCUUCCUGCGACCGCUGCCACUGUCCUCCCAUGUGCUCUUCACUGUGUUGCGGUACUUUCAUUGGGCCCAUGUGGCCAUAAUCUCAGAGGAGACAGAUUUGUGGGAAUCCACAGGACAGGAGCUGGCCUCAUCACUCAGGGCCCUUGGCCUGCCUGUCAACCCUGUGGUCACUAUGCGGGAUGACAAGGACGGGGCUCGGAGAGCCCUGAGCAUAGUACGGGAAGCAGACCGCGUCAGAGUGGUCAUUAUGUGCAUGCCUUCUGUCCUGAUUGGUGGCCAAUCCCAGUACCAACUUCUGACAACAGCCUUGGCCAUGCGUAUGAUUGACCGUGGCUACGUGUUCAUUCCCUAUGACACCCUCCUCUACGCACUACCCUACAAGGAUGCACACUACUAUUCACUAGGCAAUGACACCAAGCUGCGGAAUGCCUUUGACGGGGUCCUCACCAUCACUAUGGACUCUGGAGAACGCAAUUUCUAUGAGGCCUUCAAAGAUGCUCAGGACAGAUAUGAAAUUCGCAGCACCAUUCCACCAGAGCAGGUUUCUCCGUUCUUUGGCACCAUCUAUAACAUGAUGUACUACAUUGCUAUGGCUGCUGAGCAGGCCCGCUCCAAUGGAGGCCAGUGGGUGACUGGUCAGAUCCUAGGUGACAGCGAGGGCGGCUUUGAUUUUGAGGGCUUCAAUCAGCAUGUGGGGGCCGGUAGGAACGGUAAAGGCAUGCAGGCUGGCUAUGUAGUGCUGGACUACAGUGGCAUGGGCACCUCUCUCUACUCCACUCAUACUCUGGCGGCUCCUCAUACAGAUGGCAUGACUGGGGGAUUGAAAUACCUCAGUCGUUCGAUCCAUUUUGCAGGCAGCACGCCCUACUCAGACUCUGGCUGCUGGUUUAGCCCAUACUUUGCCUGCACUGGAGGCUUGGAUUCAGUCUCUCUCCUCUUUCUUUUCUUUGUGUUCAUUGGAUUGGUUGGAUGUGUAGCCAACUUCGUUAUUGUGUUCAAGAAAAAUGGCAGGGUUGGGUUCAGCUUUGGAGGUAUUGGUGGAAGUGGAUCAACAAAAGUAGUCCUGACCCUGGAUGACCUGGUCUUCAUCAGCACUCAACUCAGCAAACGGAAGAUCAACGACGAAAGUAUCUUGAGAAGCCAGGUGGAUAUCAAGACGCCUCACCACUCGGUGUCCGGUCGCAGCUAUUUGGCCUCAACACCAGACAGCUCAAAUAUUGCUGUGUUUGAGGGUGACUGGGUUUGGUUGAAGAAAUGCCCCAGUGGAGUAUCAAGUGUCAACAGCAGCACUGAGUGUGUCUUUGUCAAGCUCAGAGACAUGAGGCACGAGAACCUCAAUCUGUUCUUGGGACUCUUCGUUGACUCUGGGAUCUUUGGUAUUGUGACCGAGCACUGCUCCAGGGGCAGCUUGGAGGAUCUGCUCAGCAAUGAGGAAGUGCGCCUUGACUGGAUGUUCAAGUCUUCCCUGAUAAUGGAUCUAAUUCGAGGAAUGAAGUACCUGCACAAUCGUGACAUCAUCCAUGGACGGCUCAAAUCCCGUAACUGUGUGGUAGACGGGCGCUUUGUAUUGAAGGUGACUGAUUAUGGGUUCAAUGAAAUUUUGAUUGCCGAAAACUUUGACAUUGAUGAGGAAAAGCCUGAGGAUCUGUUGUGGACGGCUCCUGAGCUGCUGCGAAAUUCCAGUCUGAGGAAGAGGGGCACUUUCCAUGCAGAUGUCUACAGCUUUUCCAUCGUCUCGCAGGAGGUCGUCGCUCGCUCUUCACCUUUCUGCAUGCUGGAUAUGCCUGCCAAGGAGAUUAUUAGCAAGGUCAGAGAUCCUCCUCCAUUGUGUCGGCCUGUUCUGUCAGUGGACGAGGCCCCGCUGGAUGUGAUACAAGUUAUUAAACAGGCCUGGAGUGAAGAUCCGGAGAAGAGGCCGACCUUUGAGGAGAUCUUCAAACAGUUCAAGAACAUCACCAAGGGAAAGAAGACCAACAUCAUCGACUCUAUGCUGCGCAUGUUGGAGCAGUACUCCUCCAACUUGGAGGAUCUGAUUAGAGAGAGGACAGAGGAGCUGGAGGUGGAGAGACAGAAGACUGACAAACUGGUGGCUCAGAUGUUGCCCAAGUCUGUGGCCCAGGCACUGAAGACAGGCAAGCCUGUCAAACCCGAGCAUUUCAGCGAGGUCACGCUGUACUUCAGUGAUAUUGUGGGCUUCACCACCAUCUCAGCUCUCAGUGACCCCAUCGAGGUGGUCGACCUGCUCAAUGACCUCUACACACUCUUUGAUGCUAUCAUUGGAUUGCAUGACGUCUACAAGGUGGAAACUAUCGGAGAUGCUUACAUGGUAGCCUCAGGAGUCCCCACUAGGAACGGCAACCGUCAUGCAGCUGAAAUGGCCAACAUGUCUCUUGACAUCCUCCAUUGCAUUGGGACCUUCAAGAUGAGGCACAUGCCUGAACUCAAAGUCAGGAUCCGUAUUGGCCUGCACUCUGGCCCAGUGGUAGCAGGAGUUGUGGGCCUUACGAUGCCUCGGUACUGUCUGUUUGGAGACACCGUCAACACAGCAUCAAGAAUGGAGUCCACAGGGUUGCCUUACAGAAUCCAUGUCAACCAAAGCACAGUUGAUAUCCUGAACAGCUUGCAGCUGGGAUACAAGAUUCAAGUCAGAGGAAUGACAGAGUUAAAGGGAAAAGGGAUUGAGAACACAUUUUGGUUGGUGGGAAGGGACGACUUCACCAAGCCUCUGCCUAUUCCUCCAGACAUUCAAGGGGGAGGCAAUCACGGUAUCGCUUUAGAGGAGAUACCUACUGACAGAAGACAGAAAUUCCUGGAUCGACAGAAGAAGAUGGGCUAGACUGAUGUUGUUUUGUUUUUUUACUGAUGUCCCAGAAUGAAAAGUGAAAUGUGUCAGUUAAAAUAUACGCAGACAUGUACGAAUGAAAAGUCGAGCAUUGCAACGUCCAACCACAAUCUACUAUAAUUUGUGCUAUUCUCAAACUUAAAUCCAGGGUGACAUGAGGAUUCAGACUCUUUGUAUUUGUUGAAAUUAUUUCUAUACUAAAAUAAUCUUGGAGAUUAUCAUUCUCUUCAUUCAUAGUUUUAACACAUUGGGGCCACAGUAAAGGCUGACUCCAAGAUGCAAAAAUGAGCCCAAAAGAGGCAACAGUCUAUAUUAUAUUUGUUCAUUAGUUGCUGUAUAUUGAAAAUAAACAUACAGCGUAAUAUCAAGAGUGGAUAACAGGUGUUAAUUUAGUGGACAGUAAUCUCACCUAACAAGAAGGGAUUGUGAUGAAUGUGUCUACAAAAGAUCACAGUAUCAUGUGUUAUACUGGUGAACUUCAUGUACUGUAUGUAUUUGUACUGAUCUUUGGGCUUUGCAGAGAUAUUGGAGAGAUUUUAUCGUGAACAUGCCGCAUACUGCUCAACUAUUCAUCCUCGGUAUAAUAGACUACAAUGUGCUGUACUCACUUUAGGAGCAUUAGUCUUUUACAACAACACAGGAUUAAUACAUUUAAAACAUUUGCACAAUAAUUUAAGCUGGAAAGAACCGCAUAGGUCAGUCAGGGUUGAGAGCUCAGGUCGGAGGUAGCUGUGAUUUUGCUUUUGUUGCAGCAAUACUGCGAAGAUUCACACGUUUGAUGAAUGGGCCAUAUUAUCAAAACUGGUCAAAAUAUAUCAAACAAAACAUCUGGUUUGUUCAUUUAACAUUAGAUUUAAUUAUUAAUAUAGAUUAAAAACAUAUUUCUUCUUACUACUGGGUCUCCUAAGAAUAUAUUUUAUUCCUGCAAUAGGCCUGUAUGAGUUGAUUGACUGUUUGAAUCUAACUUCUCAGCUCCAAUUAUCCAAUUGUUAUUAUAAAAAUACAGACUGACAAAUGUAUUUUUAAUGAUGUGUGUAUUGCUCAUGGCAAGCAUAUUGGUUUCUAAUGAUGUGUGUAUUGCUUUUAACAUACUGCUGAUUUUCUACCAAAACAUAGAAGACCUAUGCGAUAUGCAAACAACUCCAACCUAUUGCUGUCUAACAACAGUGCAGUUUCACUAUAGCCUGUAGCCUAUUACUGGAACAUGCUGCAUGCUGUGUGUACAACGGGGUCUUAUCAGGAAAGCGAUAGGAAGACCUGAUUUCUGUGACAUACAGUUUAUGUGCUCUGCACUGAUAUGCCGAAUGUCAAUUGAGUCAAUUGACUGAAAUGAUCUCCAAUAUGUGCUUCAGCAGAUUUAGCCUUUUCAUGUGUAUUGCCAUGUUCUAGAGGAAAAUAUCUGCCUGUGUCUGUGUCUGAGUUUUCCAUACCUUAUCUUCUUUUCUGUGCCCCAAUCAGUGUCUGUAUCUAAAGGUCCUCUGGGAACAAAUGUUCACAAAGUCCUUCCCAUGUCCAGCCCCAGGGGAUCUUAGAUGAAUUUUACACAACAUAUGGUGGGGGGGGUGCAUGCAUAGACAAAGUGGAGGGCAGAGUCUUCUGAGUCAUUUGUCUUUGGCCUGGGGAUGUGUAUAUACUGUACAUUUCUACAUAGUUAGUUUGUCUUUGUGUCCUGUGCAGGGUUAGGGACUUUUUAGUGGAGUUUUUUUUCUGCUUGGGUUCCCUAAACCCCUGACACAAAAGGAGAUAUCAACAAAACAAAGGGUUUUAUCACAGUGCAUUGAAAUACAUUGUUCACUCACUCUGUGUUGGCUUGCUAAUUGUCUGCCGCAGCACUGAUAUUGAAGCAACAAUAGGCAGGCAAUGUCAGGAUGUGAUUUUCCUCUGACAACAGUUUUCAGUCUGAGGAAAUUUUUUCAUUGGGAGCUCACUGCUGACCACUUCUAACGUACAGCGACUUGUCACAGUUAGCUCAGUGUAAGGACAAUCUGAUGACUUGAUUAUCAGUUUGCUUGUGGUGUAGUCUUUCACACCAUUAACUGUUUAGCAGCACUGGCUCUUCAAGCAUGAUUAAAUCCCCAACGAAAAGGAAUCGCCGUACUCUGAAUCAAAAUGAAGAACAUGGGGGGAAGCUGUUUGAAUGUUUCUUCGUUGGGUAUCUAAAGGACAAAAUGAGUUAUUCUAUUGCAUAGGUAGGACCGAAUUUUUCUGGAUUCUUAAUCAAUUUGCCAAAUAGAUAGACCCCAUCAAUACAUAAUGGAUUCCAUUGUUCAUUUUGAAAAGUGAUAUCAGUGUGUUUCUGUAAAUAAAUUAUGGUUUUAGUGAA